UAAGUAGCAUUCAAUUUAAACUUAGCCGAUUGUCCGUAGGGUUGGUCCUUAUUAUGCAGGGGGAAAUUAAGAAAAAUCAUCUAAUAGAACAUAAAUUAAACAAACUUUCCAAACGUGGGUCUGUUGUAGACUCACCUCCUCUCUGCCUACCAGCCUUUUCUUUUGACGUGAGAUAAGCAGAGAGGAACUGACCUCGCUGAGGAACUGCAUGGGUCUAUAGACCCACGUUUGGAAAUUCUGUUUAAUUAGAAGUUCCAUUAGAUGUUUUUUUCUCAGACUCCUCCUAUGCAUAUGGAUCAAGCCUACAGACAAUUGACAGAGUCUGAUGUCAUGUUUCAACCGUGUUGAAGAUGACAUUAAUGCCGGGAGUCCGGGGUCUGCUAGGCCUUCACAGAACGCCUGUACCAGCUUUUAGCCGCUUUGUCUCAUCUCCCGUCCACCUGACCUCAGUCUGUCUUCCCAGGGGGCUUUGCACCAUCACUCCAAAUGUCAGUCACUCGAAGCCUUCAGUGGGACCUGAGAAUGAGUCCUUGCUGGAGAGCUUGACCUUCAUGGGGGUAGACGUGAAGAUGGUGCGCCAGCGCCAACCGGGAGUGCUCCGCAAGGUCAUCACCAAUGAGCAAGGUCUGGCUCACUUCCUCCAUAGCAAAGGCGCCAGCCGCAAAGUGGUGGCCGGCAUCAUCUCCCGGUACCCACGCGCCAUCACUCGCUCGGGUGAGCACCUGGAGCAACGCUGGGCGAUGUGGCGGAGUGUCUUCAAGAGCGACAGCGAGAUCGUCAGCAUUCUGGACCGCUCGCCCGAGUCCUUCUUCCGCUCGAGCGACAACGACAACCUGGAGAAGAACAUCGUGUUCCUGGGCUCGCUGGGCCUCAACGCCAAGGACCUCCACCGCCUGCUGACCACAGCGCCGCGGACCUUCUCCAACAGUGUCGAGCUCAACCGCCAAAUGGUGGAGUUCCUGGAAGACGUGUGUGCCGAGUUGGGUGGAGAAGACCCUGGGCAGUUCGCCAAGGCGGUGAUUUCCCGAAACCUCUACAUCCUCAUCCGCAGCACCAAGAGGGUGAAGGCAAACAUUGACUUCAUCAAGGUGUCUUUCAAGAUGAGUGAUCUGGAGCUGCUGGCUCUGCUGCAGGGUGCCGGGGCAGAAAUCCUGGACCUGUCUAACGAGUACCUGAAGAGAAACCUCAAGAGGCUUCAGGAGAAGCUGGUGUCUCUCGGCUGUCGGAAAGUCGACGUCAAGAAACUGAUCGUCUGCUACCCCACUGUGCUGUUCAUCGGGCCGGAUACGCUGAGUUCCAAACUGGACUGUCUGUUAAAGGGAGGGAUCACUAUGAAGCAGAUACUGGAGAAACCUAAAGUCCUGGAGUACAGCACGCAGAACAUCACGGGGCGACUAGAGGAGCUGCAUAAGCUCCGGUAUGACUUUGAAAAGAACGGCAUCAACAUUCUGGACUCUAGCCGAAAACGGUUCGAUGCCAAGUUGGAAAGACUGGCUCUCUCGUCAGAGGAAUGAGUUGUAUCAACGUUUGGGUUAUGCUUAGAAUGAAUCAGACAACUUUUUGCACUAGAUUUUUUGCCAUUGCUACCUGAAGCAUGACCUCUACAUAUCACUGUCCUACUCCUAAACUAUAAGAUUUGAUUGUGCAUAGCUGUAAUAAGCAAGGUAUACGAUAGGUAAAAUCAAGUCAAUGAUAAAGAGGAUUGUGUCAGUAUCAGGAAACAUUUAUUUUAAUGGAAACCAAAAAGAGUAAGCCUAUGUAAUGUAGUGUCAUCAUAUUUGAUCCAUUAUUUGGAUUUUUACGAAAGCUAACGAACUGUGUAUUGUAGUACUGUGUCAAUGUAUUUCUCGUGAUUGGUUUUGAAGCACCUUAGUGAACUUCGAUGCCUUCAGUUCAAAGGAAACACCACCCUUACCAAUGGUUUUACAGAACUGUGAACUGCCAAGAGGCAUCAAGACACUGUUUUCAUUGUCCGAUUCUCAAACUUCUCUUUUGCCAGAUGAGUUGUCCGAUGAGAAAUCAAUCAAAACCCCUUCUUCCUGGCUUAUCUGCCUGAAUUAAUGAAUAUGAAAAAAUAAGGAUAUAUUUUACCGAACAAAAGGUUUGGAGAAGGUUAUUUGAAUAGCAUCACAAAAUAUGAUGCAUUAGGUUUACAGUAAGUAAUAGUUAUAUAUGUUCUCUCUUUGAUGCAAUUGUAUGCCAAUGAACGGUAAUAAAAUAUGACAGUUCAUACUUUAAUUAAACCUAUGGAUUCAAAAUGUCA